AUGUCAUCCCUGUCUGGACUCAGCAUGGCGCAGGAGGAGGAGGACAAACACAGCCUGGAGGCGAAAUUUGCUGCCGCAGUUAAAGUGAUCCGGAGUUUGCCUGAAGAAGGUCCUUUCCAGCCGUCUGAUGACAUGAUGCUGAUGUUCUAUAGUUACUUUAAGCAGGCCACCAUGGGUCCCUGCAACAUCCCCAGACCCAGCGGCUUCUGGGACACCCGGGGAAAAGCUAAAUGGGACGCGUGGAGCUCUCUGGGAAAUAUGACUAAAGAGGAAGCCAUGAAGAAUUAUGUUGAAGACAUCCAGCUGAUUUUGGAGACCAUGCCCGUCUCAGAGGAAGUGUCCGACCUGGUACAGAGGCUUGGCAACUUCUACACAGAGGUAGAAGAAGAAGGCGAGGAGGCUGAAGAAAAUGAAGUGGACAAGAGACCCUUCAUCAGGCCUUUUGCCAAACACGCAGAUUGGAGUCCUGACCCGAGGCUAUUAAUGGUGGAGGACAAGAGAUGGAGGUCUGACACUAAGGGCUCCUGCAGCAGCGUGGAGCCCAGCGUGUCCUCCUUCACCAACGGGACUCACAGCUCCCUCAACAGCGAGGUGGAGGAGGAGGAACUGGCCUGUUCCGUAGAGGCCAGUGUGCAGUACAACCCAUACAUGCAGUUUAAUGGGCACUUGAGAGAUCAUAUUAAUACCGUUCCCGAGAAGAACCAUCGAUCCACAGACUCUGAUAAUGAGGAAUUCUGCGACUCAAUGGAGCAUCUCGCCAUGGAAGAGCGGCUGUCUACAUCCAGAGGCCACUCGCCUGGAUCGGGAGCUGCCUCAGUGAGGCAAAAGGAUCUUUGGUUUGAGAGCAACACUUCCUUGAAAGUGGCAGAGGAUCAGGUGUUCAUCGGCGAUUCCUACCUGAAUGAAGGGAUUCUUCUAAGCAGACACAGCAGCUCCUUGUCAAGAAGAGGGAGAGUUUCUCAAUCACCGAGAGCCCCCAGCAGCUCUCAGCAGUGUGUGAGUAUAGAUGCUGCCUGCUGCUGUGUGUCGCAGAGCAGACGUCCUGUCAGCUCCACCAGGGGAAGCAUCAAUGACCAAAUAGCUGCGGCUCUGCUGAGGCUGCAGCACGACAUGGAUGAUGUGCUGCACCGGCUGCACACCCUGGAGGUGCUGACCAGGUCACAGUCGAGAUCAUCUUCACCAAAGCAGGAGGAUCUUGUACCGGUCGCACGAAAGUUCCUGAGACCCUCUUGGUGGCCUUUUGACUCCUCUCCGCUCACAGUGGUGCUGACUGCACUCUGGCCUCUGAUGGCUCAUUGGCUCGUCCAGCUUUACUUACAACGGAAGAGAAGGAAAAUCCCAUGAGUAGUCUGAUGACCACCAUCAUCAGUCAAACAUCGUGAACUCUGGAUGAAAUCGACGCACUUUUGCUGCCAAGGGGCUUUCUGAAGCCACCGCCGUGGAUGGAGGGCGACGAGGGAUCAGUAGAAAUGGAAAAGCUUCAUUAGAUAAACGCUCAGAAAGGUGUUUGAAAAGGGGCUCGGCAAUACAGUGUAGCAUUUUUACUCAAAGGAGAUUUUUGUAGGUGUUAAAAAAGGGACGACUUAUGCAUUAUAAAUGCUGGCACAGUUUCUUUGUUACCGUUAGCAUGACGUGAUGAUCUUAUGUAUGACUCACAGAUCACCAGGAACUCAAUAUACACAUAGCUCACGUAAUUAAAAUAAAUUCACAGUUCAUCAUCACACAUUAGCUGUGGAGUGAUAAGAGUAUCCAUAUUGUCAUUUUAUUUAUUCCACAUUUCAUUAUUUAAUAAGGCUACUUUUAGUAUUUAUUUUUUUUGGUCAAAUAC